UCUUUGGUUAAGAAGCGUGGGAGACCAAAAAUGUGUGAUGCAAUCAAAUUGCCUCCUUCUGAGCUUUAUAAGCAUGUCGAAGAUAUUAUUGGCAAUGAGUUAGUGCAGGUCUUGCAGAUUAGGAGCAAAAUACCUAGAAAGAAAGCCCUCACUUUGCUUGAAGAUAAAGUUAUAGACAUAUUGAGUGAAAAAGGGUACAUUAGCUCUGAUGCAAUUCUUGGCGUUAAUGAAACACUAUCUGAUAUGCUUGAGGAUGAAGAUGAGGAUGAGGAAGUGGUUGUAGAUGGUGAAGUGGAUGAAGGAGAUGUUCAUAUAAAGCCUACUUUAUGAAAAACUACU